AUGGAGACUUAUGUUAAGAAAGUUUGGGCUAAUUCUGCCAAUCCAGAUGUUUUCCUUCUAAAACCUGGAAUAUUCUUAUUCAAAUUCAACAACAAAGAUGAGAUGAGUGAUAUAUUAGAAAAAGGCCCUUGGUUUUUUGGAUCUAGACCACUUUCUUUAAAGCCUUGGUCAAUUGGUGAGGACUAUGAAAAAAUUAAUAGCUGUUUAUACCCUGUUUGGAUUCAGCUGCCAGCUUUGAAGCUCAACUUGUGGAAUGCACAAAGUAUAAGCAAAAUUGCAAGUGCUGUAGGUCGUCCAAUCACCACAGAUAAACUCACAGCUAAUAAGCAAAGAUUAGCUUAUGCUAGAGUUCUUAUUGAAGUGGAUAUGCCAGCUCCUCUUCCAGAUUUUAUCACACUGAAGGGUCCAGAUGAUGAGCUAAAGCCUAGAUGGUGUAAUCAUUGCAAAUUAGUGGGGCAUGAUACCUUGUUUUGCAAGAGAAAUACAGGAGUUCAGAGAUGGGUUCCUAAAACUUCUACAGUCCAGAAUACUCAGAAGACUUCUGUACAGGAUCCUAGAUUAAAGGAAAAUAUUCCAAAUAUUCAAACAUCAUCCUCCACUGCUCUUCCAAAUAAAUCAGUGCAUAUUCUUAAUUCGGUAUUACAAAGGCCAGAUGGGAAUGCUUCCACCAUAGACCUGUCAGUGCAAAAAACUCAGGAUACUAAAAUGCAAGAAAGGUUUGAAAAGCAAAUGACAGUGAAAGAAUUGUCCCCUAAGAAUUCUCUUCGUGAUGAACAAGAAGUGCAAAUAAGCAGAAUUGAAAACAUUCCUCAGUUCUCUGGUUUAAGAGGGGUGCACAGUCUGGUGCAUGGUGCACAUGCACAGCAGACAGUUUCUGAAGGUGCUUUUCAUUCUCCCUAUUCUAACAACUCUUGGACUUUAGUUCAAGGUAAUAAACAGAGGAAAAAGUUUACUCCAGAGAAUCAGUUCUCCCAACUUGAGCUUUUUGAUUUGGACCCUUCUACAGUGGAUAGAGGGGGUGCUUUCAACUGA